UUUGUCAGAUAAUUAGUUUGUAUGUCUUGUGCUCCGUUUAACCUAACACUAAUCCAACAUUUCCUUUUCUUCUCUUCUAUUCUCCUUUUUAUCGCCGCCAACACCUCGUUCAGAUCGCAAGUUUGUUCUUGCUACCAUUAUUUCGAUCGAUCUCUUGAAGAUUACUUUUAUUACCUCUCCGAAGCUUCUAGUAUCAUUGCAAUCUUUACUAUAGCUACCACUUAAAGCAGAAGAUGGCUCAUACCACCAUGAAGCCUCCUCCAACCAAACUAGUAGAUGACCUAGUGGUCGAAAUCCUCUCUCGAGUUCCUGCCAAGUCCUUGAUGAGAUUCCAAUGCAUUUCCAGAGCAUGGCUUGCUUUCACCUCCGACAUCUACUACCGGACGAAACUUCCGGCCACCAUGUCUGGUCUCUUCUACACCAUCAGCACCUGGAACGCCGAUACAAGCUGGAGCUCCGACAUCCAAUAUCUCAGCUUAUCAGUGGACAGGACCAUUGAUACUACUCUGAGUUUCUUGCCGCCUCUCCAAAACUUAGACAUCUUAGAUAGCUGCAAUGGCCUGCUCCUCUGCAAGUCAUGCAAUGCCAAAUCCGAGGACGACUGCUACUAUGUCUGCAACCCUGCAACGAAAAAAUGGAUUACCCUCCCAAAACCAGAUGAAAGCUUAGAUAAUUUUUUCUUGGCUUUUGAUCCUCAAGUCUCCCAUCAUUUCCAUGUCCUUCACUUCGAUGAUGGUGUGAAAAGAACCCGCACCAAGCUUGAGAUCUUUUCAUCCAAGACAGGUGAAUGGGUUCACAGCCAAGUGCACUGGGAGGAUAAUAUGGCCUACAUGCUUUCCUUCCCUGGUGUUUUCUUUGAUGGGAUUGUUCAUAUGUUGAGUGCUGAAGACUAUGUCCUGGGAUUCGAUCACAAGGGAAACAUUUGCAGUAAAAUCAAGCUGCCUGAAACUGAAUCUUUUGGGAACAAAUGGAUUGGUUGCUCAGGUGGGUAUUUAAAUUUGGCCUUCAAACGGGAGGACAAAAUAAAGUUCUGGAUUCUGAAGGACUACUGUAAUAAUGAAUGGGUUCUUAAGCAUUCUAUGGAUGUGGAAACUAUUCCUCAUAAAGAGCGUUCCAAGACAGUUGAUCCUGAGUUUUACCUCCAGGAUUUUGACUAUUUUGAUAUUGUGGCAUUUCACCCCGACUUGGAUGUUGUUUUCCUGCAAGUGGGAGAUGAGCUCCUUGCCUACCACUUGAACACUGCAAGAACGGAAGAACUUGUUAGCUUGAGAUGUGAAUGGCUAGCAAAAUUUUAUACUUAUUCACCUUGCUUGUUGGAUAGCUUUGGUGGCAUCUAGCUGAUGGGUUGGUGAAGGUGGAUUACAUGGACUGUGCUUUAUGGAUAGCCUUUGUUGAUGUUCAGAACAUAUUAGGAUUAUCUUGCGUUCCUUGAUGGCAUAGUAGUAUUGUGGACUGCAUGGUAUGUUGGGAUCAAGUUUGCUUCCGAACUUUUAAUCAAAAUUUGAUAAUUCUGUUAAUUUAUCAGAACUGGUGUAGCUGGGACAAUACUGGUAUCUAUUCAGGAGAGGAUAUAGGAUCUAAUAUGGUGUUUCAUUUAUUUCUCGAUUUAUUCUAGAAAAUAUCUUAUCUCAGG